CCUCUCCUCCUGAAGCUCGCUGUCUGCUCUCCUCUGGCGGUCUGUCAUCAGCGGCGCGGUGGCCGGCGAGUUGCGAGUUGCUGACUGCUUGUUUGUCUGCCGAUUGUCUUUUGAAAGUUCGAAGCCAACGUGGCUUCCGCCGCGUGAACCUUUGUGGCCCGGCUUGGGUGCUGCUGCUGGUGAGGAGAAGUUAACGACGAGACGCCGAAGAAGCGAAACACGAAGGCGGGAGGACGGGCAGGCGGGCUGGUCUUCGGGGGGCAUCGCGCUGGCCGCGUAGCCGGGAGGAGAAGAAGAAAGCGCCCAGCGGAGUGCGAGGAGGCGCUGAAAGUUUUUCGAAACACUUUGUUGGCGACGGUGGCAGCGAGCAGGAGUCGUGCUGGGACGUCGACGGCGGGCCGCAGAACGUGAAGCCGAGUCCGAGUUAUGCUGGCGGCCGCCGGGCGGACACAGAGGGAUACUGCGCUCCAUCGCUGGGAUUAACGUGGCCGCCACCGCCGUGGUGAGUGGGACUUCUCGGGUCUGCUGACAGCACUGCAUGUUGAGCACAAAAAUGUCCAACUACGACGAUCUGGGCUUGGAGGCCAGUAAAUUUAUCGAGGAUCUCAACAUGUACGAGGCGUCCAGAGAUGGGCUCUUCAGAGUGAAAAAAGAAGUGGGCAACAAUCCCGACUUUGAGCAAACCAGGAAAGUGUUCGCUUCCAAGAUGACGAAGAUCCACAUGCAGAAGCAGCAGGAGGAAAUGGCCUGCUACAAUCUAGCGGGGCAGAACGGCAGACCCCCAGACGGCUUGUUUUAUACGAGGGAGCGGCCCCCGGUGAACAGCAGCUCCAGGCCCGCCAGAGAAGCGAAGCCUCCUUUGUCAGCCAUGCCACUGGUGGGCAACACCAAUGCCAACAACUUCCAGGAGCGGGAGAGGCCAGAGAGCCCCGUGCACAGUUCACCAGUGGACACGCUGGUCUCUCAAGCCGGCAGACCCAGUAGGGUGGGCUAUCAUGAUCAACGAGAGUGUCCGAAUGACAGGCCAUACCAGGUGGCACUGCCCGGAUUGCACCAUCAGUUGUCACCACGGCAGCCUUCUCCAACGUUUGAUCAGAAACUGCUGGGCCCGCGGUCCUUCUCCUUCACCAACUCGGUGACCUCACCGCUGGCAUCUCCCAGCUCACCUUUCAUACCAGCGCAGACAGGGAUGUCCCCUCCGAGAUCUUCGUCCUUCUCCACUCCGUCUGCUGCCAUCAAAGACUCUGGUGAGGAGGCUGCCGGAGCGGCCCCCGUGUCGGCCAUCUGGCCAGUGAAGCCGAGUGUGAGAAACGCAGGUGAAGUGACCCCUGAGCCGCAGAUGGGCAUUAGAAGCGGCCUUUACAACACAAAUCCUGGCGGCUACCAUUCGCCAUCCAGUGCCAUGACGAGCAGUCGCCUUGGUGGGCAGCUGUUUGAUGUCGUCGAGAAUGGGCAGAAACGGACCUCGCCGUCUCUCAGUUCACCGGGCCGCCAGCCUGCACUCCGUGACUCUGAAAGCUGCCCACCAGGCCAGGGUCCUCCACCAUCGGCCACCACCACUGGAGAAGCAGCGCAGGUGCCCCCCUCUCACCUAAGUAGUAACCUGUCAAAAGGGGUGUACCCGGGUCCUCAUCCCGUCACUCAGAAUGGCACCACCGUCUUGGAUCACUUGGCACCGCUUCAUGAGGAGGCCCUCUCUGGCCCACCUCUGACAUCACCUGGGGUCGUCUCCGUGCAGGAAGCCAGUAGCCCCCCCAGCCCGCUCAAGCUUCCCUGCCAGGCACUCCUUAUACAGCCUGAGCUUGAGCCGUCUGCCGCUGAAAUAAAAUUAGAAGCUCUUACUAAGCGUCUGGAGCAGGAGAUGGAUGCCCAGCCGAAAGCCGACUACUUUGGUAACUGCGUGAAGUGUGCCAAAGGUGUCUAUGGGGCAAACCAGGCGUGCCAGGCAAUGGGGAAUUUGUACCAUGACAGCUGCUUUACUUGCAGUGCCUGCAGCAGACGACUUCGAGGCCGAGCCUUCUACUACGUAUGUGGCAAAGUAUUCUGUGAAGAGGAUUUCCUGUAUUCCGGAUUUCAGCAGUCUGCCGACAAAUGCAACGUCUGUGGACACCUGAUAAUGGACAUGAUUCUGCAGGCCUUAGGAAAGUCCUACCACCCAGGCUGCUUCCGCUGCGUGAUCUGCAACGAGUGCUUGGAUGGCGUGCCGUUCACGGUGGACACUGAAAACAAGAUCUACUGCGUCCGAGAUUACCACAAAGUACUUGCACCAAAAUGUGCUGCGUGUGGUCAACCCAUCCUACCCUCUGAUGGGUCAGAUGAAACCAUCCGUGUCGUCUCCAUGGACAAGGACUUCCACGUGGAGUGCUACCACUGUGAGGACUGCAACAUGGAGCUCAACGACGAGGAAGGCCACCGAUGUUUUCCACUCCACGGACGCCUCCUGUGCUACGCUUGUCACCUGAAGCAUAUCGAUGGUGGGCCGCCAGCCUCCCACGUGUACCAGCACCAGUUCUGAAUGUGGGUGGGCUGGGACGGCGUGCCAGGGAGCCUUCCUGUCGGCCUGCACUCCUCAUUUUAUGCCUCACUUGUCGAGUUUUCGGUUUUGACGGCGUGAGGUGGCAGCAGGGGAAGAAGCAGAGGAAGCGGGUCUUCAGGCGCCAAGCCCCCCCGACAGCUGAGAGAGGCUCUCCGUCCCGAGCAACUUAAGACUGCAGGAGGUGACAAGUGUGUCACCCAAUGGACCUCGCAGUACUUGAACACCAUGAUGAAGACCAAGCGCGAGCCUGGGGUGGGAACAAGUUCUGGAGGUCCGGCGGCUGACCCCAGGAUACUCGGCUGUGCUCGGGCUGUCGGGGGGUUUCGCUGAUAAGAGCGACUUGGGUUUGCACCUCAGAAUCCAAAGGAGUGCGUUGCUCUGGCGUGCCACACCUCACCUCGCACGUUUGGGCAGCUUCUGAACUGGCAGACAGGUAUGGAUGGACGAGACGCUGCAGCCUUUAUGUAUUCAUUUGUAAAAACAACAAAAUGUGUAAAAGACGUCUGAUCCAUUAGCCAGAUGUGUGCGUGAGGCCGGCCAGUGGCCUGACACAACACAUGACCUUUCCAGACCACCACUUGGCUGUGGUGGGCAUCGGACCACCACACUCACGCACUCUCAACUGGACUGAACUGGAACGCGGGUGUCACCUGCCCUGAGCAUUCGUAUGACAGCCAGAAACUGGACGACCGAGUGUGUGUGUGUGUGUGUGUGAGAUACGCGGAGACAUGAACGAGCGAUGGAGUGGCGUCACUCAGGGGUGUGUUUAAGUAAGAAAUGGCUGGGGCGUCGACCACCUUGGAGGAGUGGACACCAAAGAGGGUGACUGACCAAGUGAAAUCCGCACCGUUGGGCCGGAGAAGGCAGGUACGGCAAAACAAACGAUGCGAGGCGGCCACAGUUGAGCGAACGCUGGCACUUUGACAGAGUCGGCCAUGUCGGUGGCCAUCAUCACCUGUCCAGAUGAGGUGACGCUUUGUCACCAGUGGCCACGAACUGAACGCCGACUGGGAAACUUGGUUAAUGAGACGUCAGGCCCCGUCAACACGUUUGCCCAUAAAGACGCCUCAUUCUCACCACGGUGUUCGCGGGCGACUUUGAUUUCGUUGACCUUUUUAUUUGAUGUUUGUAAUUGUUCAGAAAAAAAAUAAAACAUUAAUCCCGUUGA